UCUCAUUUGAAUCAUCUCUAAAUCUCAGGUCUCCGACCAUCGCACCUGGUCUCCCACAGCUCUCCGUUCUCGUUUUCUUCUCUCUCUCUCCGGUUUCUUUUCUUAACUCGAGCAUCUCUUUGAUCUCGGCGAAGUUUUCUUUUUUGUAUCAGGCACAAUCCUUGUCGUUCAAAGUACUGGUUUUCCUUACAUGGAAAACAGCUGAUAGUUGUACCUUAUUGCACUACGGAAUAGGAAAAGAGGUAUUGCAGCUUUGGCCCCAAGUAAUUUGGGGUGGAAGUGGAUUUCCCGUGCGUCUCACAGAAACGUGUUUCUGUCCAUUUGAGCAGUUGAUAUUUACUUUUCGAUACAUAGAUACCGCAUUUCCAAUGGCUCUGUCGAUUGCCGGCGGAGAACCAUUAUUUGCUUCGUCCGAUUUAAUUAUCCUCCGAUUUUUGAAUCAAGCACUCGACUCCAUCAAGCAGAAUGUUCUUAAGAUAUUUGCUAGCGUUUUGUGCUGUGACCUCAACGUCGAUUCUGACAUUAGGGAUGACAAUGGGCUAUUUGGUGAUUCUUGUCCAUUGAAAACUGAGAACUGGUUUUCGAAAAAGGAUUUUGACAACAAGGGAGAUCCACAAGCUGUUUUCAACAUAUUGGAUGCAAUGUUAAAAGACAGUUUGGAGCGUCUGAAAUCAAUGAGGGAAAGCAUAUCUCUGGGGAGGAUAAGCUUUACACAGUGCACUUUGGAUCUUGAUUACACUAGACACAUAGCUCUGAUAAAAGAUUUGUGUUUUGAGGGUAAGCUGGGAGCAGCUUUAUGGCUGCGGAGAAAAAUGAUACAAAAAGGUGUUUUCCCUGAUGUGCUUACACAUAAUUAUCUUGUAAAUCAGCUAUGCAAAACUGGUGAAAUGGACAAGGCAGAUUGGCUUAUUAGGGAGAUGAUAGAAAUGGGACCCUCUCCCAACUGUGCCACUUACAAUACUUUUAUUAAGGGAUAUUGCCUAAUGAAUAAUGUGGAUAAAGCUCUCUAUCUCUUCUCAACCAUGACUAACUCUGGUGUGAAGCCGGAUAGAGUUACUUGUAACAUACUUGUGCAUGCAUUAUGCAAGAGAGGUCUUUUGAAUGAUGCCGUGAAACUUCUUGAAGAGAUUCUAGGUGCUGACAGUGACAAGGCAGCCUCAGACAUGAUUACCUCAACUAUAUUAAUGGAUGGUUCUUUUAGGAUUGGAAACACGGCUCAAGCCCUCAGUCAUUGGGAUGAAAUGCUUGAAAAGAAUACGGAAAGAGAUGUUGUUGCAUACAAUGUCCUCAUCCAUGGAUUUUGUUUGAGCCGAGAAAUAAACACUUCUUAUAAGUACUUUUGCGAGAUGUUGAAAUUAGGUUUGCCUCCUGAUGUUUUUACAUAUAAUACUCUUAUAAGCACUCUUUGCAGAGAAGGCAGAUUUGAUGAGGCUUGUUACAUCCAUAGUGCUAUGUCAAGAUCAGAGGUUGCUCCUGAUCAGAUUACAUACAAGAUGAUUAUUCAAGGGUUAUGUAUUGAUGGAAAUGUGCUUAAGGCUAAUGACUUUCUUCUUAGUAUGUUAGAAAAGUCAAUCGUACCUGAGCCACUUAUAUGGAACCUUGUAAUAAAUGGUUAUGCAAGGUGUGGAGAUAUUGAUAAUGCAUCCUCAAUCAGAGAUAAGAUGUUGGCCCAUGGUGUUGCUCCAAAUGUAUAUACAUUUAAUGCUUUGAUUCAUGCACAAGUAAAAGGAGGAAAUAUUAAUGAUGCAUAUUCUCUCAAAAAACAGAUGAUUUUAAGCGGAAUUUUCCCAGAUGUGGUUACUUAUAAUUUGUUGAUAGGUGCUGCUUGUAAAUUAGGACAUAUUUAUUUUGCCCUUCAGCUGUAUGAUGAAAUGGUGAGAAGGGGAUGUGAGCCGGAUAUAAUAACAUAUACUGAAUUAAUCAGAGGCCAUUGUGGGCAAGGUAACACAAAGGAGGCAGAAGAGCUUCUUGUAAAAAUACAGAAAUCUGGUUUAGUGGUUGAUCAUGUUCCAUUUCAGAUACUUAUUAAAAAGUACUGCAAAAUGAGGGAACCCCACCUUGCGUUUUACCUAUAUCAAAGGUGGUUGAUUGGUGAUAAGUGAGUUUGUCAUUCAGUAAGUUCAAAAUUAUUCAUAUGGACUGCAGAACUGCGUAGUUUGUUGCAAUACAUUUGUUUUUGUAUAUCAUGAUGGGACCUGUUUUCUGCCUGUGGGGUCGAUAGACUGAUUCUUUCAUGAGGUGGCUCAUUAUGCCUGCCAAGGAAAUGAUUGAUUGGACAACUGGUUCCAAGAUGGUGGAAUAUUUAGACGCUUUUAUAUUUAUUAGAGCAUGUAGCUGCUUGGAUUUUUGAGCAGCCCUGAGGCCCUGAAGUUAAGGUCCUAGAAGUUUCUCAAGAAUCCUUCAUCCUUGCCAUCUUCAGUUAUUGGUGACGACAGUGUUAGAAUGCUCUGAGUGUGGCUGCAGGCCUUAGGCAGUUGAAGAUGCCCGACUAUACCCUUAGAGACGGACAGUUAAAAAUGCCUCUUAAGAUAAACUCCCUUGUGUUGUGGCAAUAAAGUUUAAUUACGGUGGGCAUGACGCAAAAAAGUCAUGGUUGAAGAACAUGAGCUAAUCAAUUUGAAUCAACAACAACAACAACAACAGCUUAUUAUGUUCAGGAGAGUAUCCGGAAACUGCAUAAUGGCAAGCUUAUAGUGGGUUCAGUUAUUAUCAUUGAUUGCCCAUCAGUCUGGAAAACCAAAUUGUGAUAAUAUCGUUGAAGUUGCAAGUGAUCCCUUUUCCGAUUUGAAUUAACAGGAUGGGAAGUGUUUCUAGUUUCCAGUAUGAUCAAUCGCAAAAAUGCUUGUUCAUCUCUUGGGAAUGCGUUCAGUCAAAAGAACCAGAAAAUUUUUCUUUUUUGAGUAAAGAAAGAAAUACAAAAGUUAUAGUGAGGUAUUUGUUGAUCCUCGUUCGACUUCGCAAAUUGUCGUACAAGAUGGAUGAGGGAAAUUACUUCAAGAAAACAACUUACAGGUAUAGCAAUUUACAUUAUGCUGGAAAUUAUUUGUAGACAUCUUGACUUUGUAAAUGAGAAUUUGAGUAAUUCUAUUUACUUGAAUAAACAUCAUCAUUUACUUGUUGUAA